CAGACCACCUGUGCCCUACCCGGAGGAUGCAUCUCCUCAUUAUCCUACCUGCCCUGUGCCUACUAGGGGCACAAACAGCAACUUUACCUCAGAGGAACCACAAGCAGAAAAGCCAGGAGCAGGUUGAUCCCUCCUUGAAGUCACGCUUAUGGAUGCAACAGCCUCAUUCAAAGGGAAUUCUUGGACCUCAUAAUUCUUGGAACCCUCCUCGCUGUGGAGUACCUGAUAUUCCUGUGCCUGCAGACACUUUAAAUGGUCGCAAUAGACAGAAACGGUUUGUGCUCUCUGGAGGGCGAUGGGACAAGACGAACCUUACAUACAAGUUUAUCCGCUUUCCAUGGCAGCUCAGCAAGGUAAAGGUGAGAAGAACUCUUGCCGAAGCACUUAGAGUAUGGAGUGAGGUUACUCCUCUAACAUUCACUGAGGUACAUGAAGGACGUGCAGACAUCAAUAUUGACUUCACCAGGUACUGGCAUGGAGACAACUUGCCAUUCGAUGGUCCUGGAGGCAUUCUUGCUCAUGCUUUUUUUCCAAAAACACAUCGAGAAGGGGAUGUGCAUUUUGACUAUGAUGAAGCUUGGACCAUUGGGAAUAAUUUAGGAACAGACCUUUUGCAAGUAGCUGCUCAUGAGUUUGGCCAUGUGCUUGGCUUACAACAUUCCUCAGUCUCCAAGUCUUUGAUGUCUCCAUUUUAUACCUUCCGCUAUCCACUCAGCCUUAGCACAGAUGAUAAACAGGGAAUCCAAUACUUGUACGGGGCUCCACAACCUCCAACAUCAGCUCCAACAUCAGCUCCAACAUCAGCUCCAACUAUAACGCCAGAAAGCCGCCAGCUUGAGCCUGAGAGCAAUGAGAUUCCUUAUUCUGAGCCAGAUGCCUGUGCAACAGAUUUUGAUGCUGUAUCCACAAUCCGUGGAGAGCUGUUCUUCUUUCGAUCUGGAUAUGUUUGGCGCCUGAGAGGGGGAAAACUUCAGAGUGGGUAUCCAGCAUUAGCUUCCCGACACUGGAAAGGGAUCCCUGAGUCUGUUGAUGCUGCAUUUGAAGAUUCUGUCGGGAACAUCUGGUUUUUCCACGGCUCAAAGUACUGGAUAUUUGAUGGAAAGUUACAAGCCACAGGUCCUUUCCAGAUAUCCAAACUUGGAUUGUCUGUACCUAAUGUUCAAGCUGCAUUUUUGUGGGGCACUAGCAAGAGUAAGAAAACCUACUUAUUUCGAGGAGCAGAAUACUGGCGAUUUAAUACUGACACACGACGAAUAGAAAAAAGACAUUCCAGGAGCAUGAGUGAUUGGAGAGGGGUGCCCACAAGCAUAGAUGCUGCCUUCCAGGAUGAACAUGGUUUUGCUUACUUCCUGCGGGGGCGAUAUUACUGGAAGUUUGAUCCUGUACAAGUUCGGGUACUAGAAGGUUAUCCACGCCUAGUCAGCCAGGAUUUUUUCAACUGCCCAGUGGCAUCAUCAUCUGCCAACUCAUUAUGA